AAAACUCCAAAUUAGGAUGAAAUAAAUAGUACUACUCUGUUAAGUCUUUGAUCCUUUGUAUACUUUGGUUAUCUGAUUUCAGGCCUCUGGUUUUCUUCAGCUGAGUCUCUCUGAACAUGUCAACUGAGAAGAGUCCGCUUGAGCAAACAUCACCUGCUGUUGCAUCAUCAUGCCGAAAAAAGAAGUCUGAAAGUGCCACAUUUUUGGAGGAUGUGAAGGAUCAUAUUGAUGAGUUUAUACAUGCCUCAAUGGAUGAACACAAAUCAUGCUUUAAGAAGACCAUCAAUAAGAUGUUUGGGAUGUCUAAAAUUGUUGCUGAAAGAAAUGCUGAAGCAAAGGAGGUUGAGAGCUCACUUCCUCUCCAAACUGUUGUAUCUGAGUAAAAUUCCCUAUGUAGAAAGACUUCGGGAGGGUGAGAUUGUGGAGGGUCAAAACGUGUAUGUGGUCUAAAGCCACUUCCCACAUCAAGUUUUAUCGUGCUAUCCACAUGUAUCAAUAAACAACAAUUUGAGAUGCUCUUGCCUCAGAAGUCUUGCUGCUUUUGGAUCUACUGGUUUUACCACUCAUUAGACAUGUUUAGACAAGUAAAGGGGCAUUACUAUAACUUGAUCAAUCUCUAAAGUGAUUGUUGGAUCCUUUGUUUUUAUGGUUUGAGCUCUUCCUUUUCUGUUA